GAAAAUUAAGUUUUCCUCACAUCACACCCCACAUCUUAUAAGGUUUCCUGAAGUAGGAAGUGACAGUGACUUCAGCUCUAGAGAAGAUGGAGACAUCAUUGGAUGAGACCAUGGAUCGAGUCUCAUACACCCAGACUAACCCACUGUUUGACAUGUCUGUCAGCAAGAGCGAUCUUUACCAUUUCCAGCCUGAUGAUCUGAAGCCAGCAAGGCCCAAACAACGGUGGUGUUUUAGUAUGAUUGUUUUAUACAUCAUCUUGCAGACAGCCCUGAAUGCCUUUCUCCUCUAUAAAGUUUUCUCGAUGGAGUCUUCACUGUCAAAGCUCAGCUCAGAGAAACUGAUGUCACUUCCUCUGGGUGGAGGACAGGGUGAUGGCAGCCUCCAAACACUGGUCCACAACAACAGUCAAGAAGCCAGAAGCCUGAGAGACCACCUGGGGGUCCUGCAGAGCAAGGUCAACAGCUUGUGUGGAGAGGAGGGUCAGUUGGACAGGCUGAGGGCUGACUUUGGCCUGCUCAACCGCAGCACUUACAACCUGGAGGGCAAACUGACAACCAUAAGCCUCAAACCAGGACCCCCUGGUCCCCAGGGCGCAAAUGGGCUGCCAGGGCUGACAGGUCAUCCAGGAGAGAGGGGCUUCAAAGGUGAAAGUGGUGUUGCUGGGUCUCCAGGACCAAAAGGUGAUACUGGGCUCAACGGUAAACCUGGAGAGCCAGGAGCUGUUGGUCAGAUUGGCCCACCUGGACCCCCUGGACCAGCUGGACCCAGCGGUCACCCUGGGAUCCCAGGAGCCCCUGGGAAUCAAGGACCAGGUUCAAAGGGAGAGAAAGGAGAACCUGGGGCCCUAGGCCUUCGUGGAGAAAAAGGUUCCACGGGGACACCUGGUGAAAAAGGAUCUUCUGGGGUCCGAGGUCCUCCUGGGUUACAAGGACUAAAAGGAGACCCUGGACGUUCUGGUCCAUCAGGACCUCCAGGUCCCAGAGGACCUAGUGGAACUCAAGGUCCACCCGGACCACCAGGUGCCAAAGGAGACAAAGGAGACAAAGGAGACCAAUCAAACCCAUCAGACUUGAACGUACGUCUAGUGCCAGGGAAAUAUCGAGGGCGAGUGGAGGUGAAGUACAAUGGGGUCUGGGGUACAGUGUGUGACGACAGAUUCGACACUGCGGAUGGCACAGUGAUUUGUAAGAUGCUGGGCUUCCGAGCUGCCGUUUCCACCUUCAGUCCCACUUCGGGGUCUGGUCGCAUCUGGCUGGAUGAUCUGCAAUGCACAGGAAAAGAGUCCAGUAUCUUUAACUGCCCACAGAGUGAAAUUGGUGUUAACAACUGCAAUCACGAUGAAGACGUUGGAGUGCAUUGUAUCUAGACUGACACCAUACUGAAGAUGGACACCCCCACCCCACCCCGAAAGAGAGAGAGACAGAGAGAGAGAGGUGUUUUCUCUGAUAAACCUGCAGUGAGUGGUGGGCACACGAACGUUCACGGCUGAAUAUUCAAAAAACAUAUAAAAGCAUAAAUUUGCCUUCAGCUAAGUUCUACUUUAUGAACACAUUAGUGCCUCUGCUGUGUGUGAUAUUGUUGUCAAAUGAGUGUGCUGUAAACAAAAAGCUUACUAAUUAAACUGUACUGGAAUAAACAUUUCAAGGGUU